UUUCUAAUCCGAGAUAUACAAUCAUCGUACAACUCCUGUAUGAAAUUCAAGGAAUCUCUGUACUUUUUCUUCGGUCUUGAUUAAAACCUUCUCCGCUGAAAAUGAAUAAGAGAGCUCUUUACUUGGAAACCUGAGAAUUGUUUUUAGCCUUGAAUAGACAUCAGUGAUUCUGAUUGUUGCCCUGUCAACUGCUAAAAGGGUUAGUUUUGAGAGACUGGAAAAAAAAUAUGGAAAGAGAGGAUAAAGAGCUGGAAGAUGAAAUCAAGGUAGCUGGAAAUGCACUUCUUUCACCUCCAUCUUCUGUUUCACAGCUCCUUCUUUUGCUUGAGAAACUUGAGAAUUGUCUAAUGAGAAUGGAUCAAUCUCCUUCCAACUCAAUGCAAAGGGCAGCGGACCUUGCAAUGAAAGCACUAAUGAACAAAGAACUUCUGAGUCAUUCGGAUGUUGAUGUGAAAGUUUCUGUUGCUUUGUGCUUCAGUCAGAUUUUGAGAAUAACAGCACCAAUUUUUUCUUAUGAUGAUGAACAAAUGCAGGUAAUUUUACAGCUGAUUGUAGCAUCAUUUGAAAAUAUAUCUGACACCUCAAGCCCUUCAUACCAUAAAAGAGUUUUGAUUCUAGAAAAGUUUGCAAAUGUCAGAUCAUGCCUUUUGAUGGUGGAUCGUAAAUGUUAUUCCUUGAUUAUGGAGAUGUUUAAGCAUUUUUUGACAAAUAUAAGGGAACACCAUCCUGACAUUGUAUUUUCAUCUAUGGGAUUAAUUAUGAUAAUAAUCUUAGAUGAAAUUAAAGAGAUCCCAUUGGAGAUUGUCAACCUCUUUUUGGACUUUAUAAGAAAUAGAAACCAGGAUGUUUUGCCUAUUGCACAAAAGCUAGGAGAGAGAAUAUUUGAAAACUGUGGAUCAAAGCUUGCUCCCUACGUGCCUCAGGCAAAUUAUUGUGGCCAGAAGCGUAGUAGGGACAAGCUGCAGGAUUCAAGAAGUCAUACUGAGGUUGCUCUAGUUGUGAAGAAGGAAAAUGAUGGAAAAGAAGGCUGUGGAUAUCAGGGUUUUGAAGAGGAGAAUAGAGAGGAAGACAAAAACACCAAGGAGAAGGAUUUUAAAGAGAAAAUACUUCAAGAGGAAGAUGAAAAUUUCCAAAGGGAGGUUAUGAAACAGAAGAGAAGCAGAAAACUGGUCAAACCAAACAACAAGCCUGUUGUAAAGGAGAAAAAUGAUGGAGAAGAAGGCAGCAAAAAGCAGGUUUUUGGAGAGGAGAAUAGUGGGGAAGGUAGAAAGGAGAAAAUUGAUAGAGGAGAGGGCUGUAAAGAACAGGGUUUUCAAGAGGAAUACCACAAUAAGGAAGGCAAGAAGAUCAGAAGGAAGGCUUUCAACAAGAAGAAACGUCAAAAGGAAGGUAUAGUUUUCCAAGGGGAGGAGACUGUGAAAGAGAAGGGAACCAGAGAAAGAGUAAGAGAAGACCAAAUAGUUAGUAUUCCAAUUGACAGACGAAAACUUAAAUACGAGGGAAAACAAGCCAUGGACACUAAAUGCAGUGCACGGAAAAUGCAUGAGUUUCUUUCAAACUUAAAAGGGAAGAAGAGAAGCAUAAUUGAAAAUUCAAUCUUCUCUGCUUACCUUGAUAUUCCUAGAUGCCCCAUUAAUCGCAAUCUGGCAGCUGCUCUUAUUGAAUGCUAUGAUGCUAAAAUGGAUGCAUUUAUUGUAGCAGGCCGUCCACUCAAGUUCUGUGGCAAAGAAAUUGAGAAAUGCAUCGGCCUCCGCUUUGAAGGGAAAAGGGUGGACAUGAAAUUUUUGGGAGCGCAGAUUUCUCCACAAAUUGUGCAGAGGUACUUUGAAAUAGUGAGUGGAAAUGAAAGAACCAAAAAGAAGUCAACAGGUGCCAGUAAGGAAAUGAAAGAUGGAGAAAUGAGAAGUUCCAUGAAAAAAUCUAGCUGUUUGCUUCUGCAAAAGCUAAACCUGAUGAGGGUUGAUGGAAAAGAUGAAGCUGAGGACUUCCUUCGCCUAUCCAUUGUAUACAUGUUCAAUGUCUAUUUCUUUCCAACCCAUUCUAAAUAUAUAUCUUGGUGGCCACUCAAGUUCCUAGAAAAUCUAAAUGAUUUCGACUCGUAUGCCUGGGGACGGGCAGUAUAUGACUAUUUACUCACAUCUCUGGAAAAAGCAGCACGCAAGCUGGCUGGCCAGGACAAAUUUUAUGCGAUCUUGAAUGGAUGUGUUCCAUUGUUGCAGACACUAGCAUCGGACCGAAUUAGCAAGUUGCAAGUCCUAGAUCUUUCGACAAAUCCAAAUCCCUCUGUGCUCUAUUAUAAUAUGGAUGGUAGGUCAUUCGAUGCAUUUCAAAAGGUGUUGGCCAAUCUGCAACCUGAUGAGAUCAAGGAAUGCAAAGAAUGUGAAGUUGUAGUAAAAAGUAGCAAGGCCAAGGUGAAGAGCACGGAAGGGCAGAAAAUGUCACGAGGAAGAAAAGAGAAGGAGACGGGGGCGAAAAAGAAAAGGUAGCAAAGCUAAACAAGGUUUUCCAAGUUCUCCUUUAGUCCCAAUAGAGUUUGUUAAGCAAUGAUGUGAAAAAUGGCGAAGCCCCACAGCCUAUAAACGCCCUUUCGGAAAAUCAAUUUAAGGGAGAAAGUGUUUAGAAAGGCAAAAGAUCAAGCAACGAGGUUAAUUCUGAAAGCAAAGGUGAUGAGAACUUAGUCCUCAGAGAUGCAGUGUUGAAUGUAACUGGUAUA